AUCCCUCCAGCCUCCAGCACUCAGCAGGCGGAGCGUCAUUUGAUUGUUGAUCAUCACCGGUUAAAUGUUAUUUUUCAUUAAUUAUCCUUCAUAGACCUGAGCCAGGCACAAUUUUGUUGUCAAAAUGGAGAAGGACAACAAGGUUCGGAGAUCGAUCGACGAUAAAAACAAAAUCAGCAUUGAAUGGAAAAAGAGGGUUAAAGCAGAGUACAUGAGACUGCGGCAAAUCAAGCGCCACAAAAGAGCCGACGAAAUCAAAGUUGCUUGGAAUGAAAACAGGAAGAAAAUGGCAGAAAUUCUUCAAGAAGAGGAAAAGCGGUGGCAAGAAAGAAAGGUUCUGUGGCACUGCUCCAACGAGCCUCCCUUGCAUCAUUCAGUAAUGAAAAAGGCAGAAAUCACCACCAAUGACGGGGAUUUGCAGUCAAAGCCGAUACGAAUGAUCAGUGCUGUUACUCCCAUUCCAACAAUGUACACGUGGGCACCAAUUCAGCAGAAUUUCAUGGUCGAAGAUGAAACUGUUCUUCACAACAUUCCAUACAUGGGCGAUGAAAUUUUGGAGCAGGACGGUGCCUUUAUUGAGGAGCUCAUCAAGAAUUACGAUGGCAAAGUUCACGGGGAUGACAGCUCUGGUUUCAUUGACGACGAGCUAUUUGUUGCACUAGUUGAAGCCCUCUUAGCAUCACCAGUGGACGACACGAAGGUCAAAGAUCCCAAGGCAAAACCUGAAAAGGCUGGAGACCCUUUUACAGCCAUAUUUCAAGCUAUCUCCGCCGUUUUUCCGGACAAAGGGACACCUGAAGAGUUAAAAGACAAGUAUUUUGAGCUUACUGAUAGAAGUCAUUUGUCCACUCUGCCUCCUGAAUGCACUCCUAAUAUCGACGGCCCAAAAGCGCAGUCGGUGCCUCGAGAGCAAACCAUGCACUCGUUCCACACUCUAUUCUGCAGGCGGUGCUUCAAAUACGAUUGUUUUUUGCAUAGGCUGCAAGCUUCGCAUCCUGGACCAAACUCCCAGAAAAGGAAGGGGCCAGAUCUAAGACCAUUUUCAGACCCUUGUGGAACUCAUUGCUACAUGAAUUUGGAUGGAAUGAAAGAAAAACUUGUUGCUGAAAAAGCCAAUGAAGAAGCUGAGGAAAAGGAAAAGAAUGAGAAAGAAAAGGAGAAGGAAAGGGCUGACAAAGCAUUAGUUGAAGAAAAAGAUGACAAACUGAAGCCCAGUAAAGUACGCAAGAAUGGUUCCCUUGAUUCAGGAAAUGAAGCGUCCUCCGAGGACAGCAAUGACAGUGUCAAGAACAAGGAACUGAAGCGAUCUAACAGCAAAAACGAAACACCAAAGGAGCAGCCGAGCAACAACAGCUCUUGUUUUUCUCUCAUAGGGGCAAUUGCACCAGGUGAUCACCUUGAGUGGAUUGGUGCAGACCAGAGUCUCUUCAGGGCGCUGCAGAAAGUUUUCCUCAACAACUACUGUGCCAUCGCCCAAAACAUGCUUACCAAAACCUGCCAGCAAGUGUACGAGUUUGCCCAGAAAGAAGCUGCUGACAUUCCGUCUGAGGAAUCAUUGAAGGAUCACACUCCCCCAAGGAAGAAGAAGAAGAAGCACCGCCUCUGGUCUAUGCAUUGUCGCAAGAUUCAGCUCAAGAAGGACUCGAGCUCAAACCAUGUCUAUAACUUUGUUCCAUGCGACCAUCCCAAUCUACCAUGCGACCAAAACUGUCCCUGUGUGGGGGCUCAAAACUUCUGCGAAAAGUUUUGCCAGUGCAGCUCUGAUUGCCAAAAUCGGUUCCCUGGAUGCCGCUGCAAGGCGCAGUGCAACACCAAGCAAUGCCCGUGUUAUUUGGCAGUCCGUGAAUGCGAUCCAGAUUUGUGCCAAAUGUGUGGUGCUGAUCAGUUCGACACAACAAAGAUUACCUGCCGCAACGUGAGCGUCCAGAGAGGACAACAUAAGCACUUGCUGAUGGCGCCGUCAGACGUUGCUGGCUGGGGCAUUUUCCUUAAGGAAAGCGCCCAGAAGAAUGAGUUUAUUUCAGAAUAUUGUGGAGAAAUAAUCUCACAAGAUGAAGCUGAUCGUCGAGGAAAGGUUUACGACAAGUACAUGUGCAGCUUCCUCUUCAACCUGAACAACGACUUUGUGGUGGAUGCUACAAGAAAGGGCAACAAAAUUCGUUUUGCGAACCACUCCAUCAACCCAAAUUGUUAUGCAAAGGUCAUGAUGGUGAACGGAGAUCACAGGAUUGGAAUUUUUGCAAAGAGGGCUAUUUUGCCCGGAGAGGAGCUCUUCUUUGACUACAGAUAUGGACCAACUGAACAGUUGAAGUUUGUGGGAAUUGAACGGGAAAUGGAAUUUCUGUAAUUUAUGACUAUUGGCCUUGAUUAGCCCUUAUUUUAUUAAAUAACAUUUAGUUUUUUUUUAUCUUAAAAA